AUGCUCCUGCACAAUAAUACGAUUGCCACUACUGGUUUUCUCUCAGCUACAGAAUCUCCAUCAUCAACAUCAAGUGUGUAUUCUCAGCCAAGCCCACCGAUACCAACAACAAAUCAAUUUUUUCAAAAUUUUUCUUCACCUUGGAUUCAACAAUAUAAUAAUCAACGAUUUUUAACUCCACAACAAUAUUUUAGUCCAACGAUGUUAGUAACAGCUCCAUCACAUAGUAUUAGUAGUCGAAACAACAACAACAACAAUGCGAAUGCAACUAGUCCUACGACAACACUUCUUACAAAAAACGAUCUCAUCUCUUUUCAUCAUCUUCAACAACAACUUGACACAUCAUCAUCCAAUUCGCCUCUGGUACCAACACUAUUAGCUGCUGCUGCUGCUACAUCAUCAGCAUCAGGUUCAACGACGACAAGUACCACUGGAACAUUAUCAACCAUUACUAAUGGUACAUAUUCAUCUCUACCAUCUUCAACAGAUGUGUCAACAUCGAUCACAAUUCCUAGUCAACAUCAUACAUACGUAUCUAAUAAUAUGAAUAAAAUGCCCAAUAUUGUAGUUGAUUCAACAUCACAUUUACAACAAUUUAUUAAUGUAUCAUCAUCACCAUCAUCAAUGAGUGAAUCAACAACAACGAAUAGUAAUAAUAAUAUUACACAAUCAUUAUCUCCCAAUGAUAAUGCUCAUUCAAAUUCUUCUUCAUCUCAUUCACCUCAAUCAACCAGUACAAUAACGCCAAAUGGUUCAUCAUCUUCAACGCAUAGUUCUAAUGCUACACAUAAACGUUUACAUGUAUCAAAUAUUCCAUUUCGUUUUCGAGAUGAUGAUCUUAAAGCUAUGUUUGAACAAUUUGGUGAAAUUGUUGACACGGAAAUUAUUUUCAAUGAACGGGGAUCUAAAGGUUUUGGAUUCGUAACAUUUGCAUUGAAUGAAGACGCUGAUGCUGCUCGGGAAAAAUUUCAUGGAGCUAUUAUUGAAGGACGUAAAAUUGAGGUUAAUAUGGCAACUGCGCGAUCUCAACCGAAAUUGAAACCAGUUUUAUCAAAUCCUUAUAGUGUCAUGAUAAAUACACGACAACGUCCAACAUUAAUUCAAGCAACACAAGCUGCAGGAUUACGUGCAGCACCAGCAUUUACUACCGGUUUAGCCUUACCCAAUGGAUAUACAAUUUAUCCUGAUCAAUUAACUGCUUUGGGUGGCUUAACAGCUUAUCCAUUUGCUGCUACUGCUCAACAUCAAACUGGUGUUCGCUAUAUAACAGCAACUACAACACAUGGUCUUACAUCAGCUGGACAACCAACUGGAGCUUAUACAAUUGGUGUCUUACCAAUGAGUAAUGGUGUUAAUGCACCUACGGGAUAUUUUAUAAACGGUGGGCCAACAACGAAUAUGACUUCAUCAGCUGGUCAACUUGGACAUGCUUAUCAAGAAACGGCAUACAUAACAACAACACCAAAUGGAACUAUUGGUCCUAUAACCGGUAUACGUAACAAUGUUCGGUAUACACCUUAUUAG